GUACGGAAUAGGAAUCGAGGCUUGCAGGCAAGCAGCGACCGGGGGUGUUGGGACUUUGUAGACCGCGUACACUGGUCGGGAUAUUGCGAUUAAAGACGAACAGAGCCGCACGGUGCAGAGUACGGGACCGAGUCGGAGCAGCUGAGCGCACAGGUGACUGCUGCAACUCUACAAAACCAAACCAGAAAUUCCAUGGGUGGUUGGAUUCCUUGCUUCGGAGUCUGAUGCAGUAAGGACAACGUGGACUCCUCUCUGUAUCAAGGCAGUGUGAGCCAAACUUCGUAUAUACAGAGCAGGGCAGAUCAAGCUACAUAAGACUGAGCUCAGUCAAGUGUCCUAGGACAUUUGGGGCAUUACAUGCAUUUCCUCUGUAAAUUUUUACCACCAACUCGAGCCACAUUUGAGAUUUUAAGGAUAAUACAAGGAGCAACUCCCCCUAAAACUUCUGGACUCUUGUGCUGGUCCUCAGACGCUGGUGGUAGCCAUUGGUAAAUGAAAUAAGGACUGAAAGAUACUUACCUGGAUUACGUGGUGGUGGCGUCCCUAUUCAGCAGGCUGGGAGUGGCAUUACGAUGCCUGAGCUGGAUAACUUUCCCCCCUUGAGGGGCGCCAGAGGCCCUGAGCUGGGCCUAAAUGGACCAGCAGACCCAGCUCAGAUUCAGCACAGCAUCCUGGAGGAGCAGGUGGAGCUGUGGUGGUUCAGAGAUCCUGGGAAAUCUCUGCUCUGCUACUGUGUGGCUGUACUUCUAAUCCUGGGCUGUGGGCUGGGAGGAGUCGGACUUCUCUCCACCACCACCAGCGUCUCAAGCGAAUGGCGGCUGGGAGCAGGCACGGCCCUCUGCCUGCUAGCCCUGGGAGUCCUGCUCAAACAACUGCUCAGCUCAGCUGUGCAGGAUAUGAAUUGCGUUCGAAGCCGACAGCGGAUUGACAUGCUAAAAAGCGGUGGUUUAUCGGACCUCCUCGUGGUUUUGAUUACCGGGCUGUCACUGUUGAUUUGUGGAGGGGUUCUACUACGUCUGGCCCUGGCUAACCACAUGCCGAAGCCUGGCCAAGCCCUUAAUGACAUGUACAUCUCCGGGGUGGUUUUGCUGGCUGGAGGGGGGGCUGCAGUUGUGGGUGUUGGGAUAUACUCUGUUGUGGUAAUUCUGCUUGAGAGGACAAGGCACGGACGAAGGUUGGUGGACCAGGUUUUGAAUAUCUUCACUGUUUCUGGACACAUGGACCGCCAUGCUCGCAGAGAGACUACCUCCAGUCUGGCUAACCUCAUAUGAGAUAUAACCACACUAUGACAGUGUAUUUUGGCCCCUCGCUCUUAAUGUCAGAACAUUCAGCUCCAGCUAAAUUAGCCCACACAUUACAAGAAAUAACAUUAAAACAAGAUUCAGUCCUUAUAUGCUUCAGCUUGGUCACCAGCUGUUCAGAGUUUGUAUGAGACAAAAUGAGUGGAAUUUGUAAUAUCUGCUUGGUGAAGAUGUUAUCGAUAAGCAGUCAAAUCGCAGUCACAGUGGGACGGAUGAAAAGAUUGAAGAGUGUCACACUGAAGAGGAAUUGAUUACUUCAUUGCAAUGCUCACAAUGCAGCCGAAAGUCUCUAUUCAGGGGGACAGCGGCGUGCAUUUUACGCGUGGGAUGUAUUUGAAGGUUCAAAUCAGCAAUUUUUUACGUGAUGUAAAUCAUACACCAUUUACAUGAGACUAAAUGCGAAAAGAUUGGUGCCUGUGGCAGCACGGCGGCGGCAGUGUUGGGUAUGCCGGUCACCAGCGCAAAAGCAUGCGAAACAGGAAGGAAAAGUUGAUAUGAUUGGUAUCUAGGGAGUCAAAUGAAAAGCACAUAUUUUAGCUGAAACACAUCUGAUGCUAAAGGGAGAAGUGUCGGUUCCAUAACAGACGUGACAUCUUUUGAUGUUAGUGGUAUCAGAUUAGGUUCAGCAGUAUGGAAUUAAAUCCAGAGUUCUGUGAUUUGAGCACAGCCUGCAAUGGCCUCAUUUGAUUUAAACGAAGCUCCCCCUCAAAUCCUCUCAGAUGAUCUGGAAACAGAAAGUUGUAAAAAGCCUACACAGAUGAAGGAACUCAAACUUAUCUUGUCGAAGGUGAUAUGAGGUAGUGGUUAAGGGAGCCAUUUACAAAUUAGUGUGUAUAAUGUAUCUGUUAUAAACAUGUAUCCUGUCAAAGUGCCCUUGGACCACACAUCUGAACACUACCUGCUCUAUGAUAGUAAGUUGUCACGGAUAAGAGCUCCAGCUGAAUGGCCGAAAUGUAAAUGGUGAUUAGAGAACGAGUGAAAGAUCAGACAACAUAAAUAUAAAAAAAAAAGUCAUCUUUUUAAAUUUUUCUUCAUUUGUUAUUCGUGUAUCACCCUCAGUCUGUCCAAGUUCACAUGAAGUUAUGAAAAUAUUCAGCCGAUGAGUUCUGACUGUGAGUAAAACUGAGAACGGUCGAUAGUUGAGGGGCUCAACAAGGCUAAACUGCGUCUAAUUUGAUUGACCUAUCCAGAUCUCAUCUCUUCUCUCGGUUUAAUAAUAAUUUACCAUGAUUGAUGCAGUAGGACUGUGGUGUUUGUGACAGAAACCUGACUGUAAUAUUUGGCUGCCUGUACAUAUGAGAAGAAAACAUGAUUGUUG